UGUGUUCACUGUAGUGUAACAGAGGUUUUUGUAUGAUGUUUUCAUUAGAAUGUAUCACUUUUGGUGGAGGAACAAAACUCAGCACCAAGGGUCCCACUGUGAAGCCCUCUGUGUCUCUGCUCUAUCCAUCGUCUCUGCAGCUCUCUGAGGGCUCUCCCUCACUGCUCUGCCUGCUGUCUGCCUACUCUCCACAGGGGGCGAUGGUGAGCUGGACAGUGGAUGGCUCAGUGGGGAAUGAAGGGGUUCUAACCAGCCCUGAAGAACAGAAGAAGGACGGUUACACACGCAGCAGCACUCUGAUCUUCAGCAAAGCAUUCUGGGAAAAGUGGAAGGAGUUUGUCUGUACCGUCUCCCAUGACAGUGUCAAUGGCUGAAGGAAGUUGAACAUCUGGUGAAAGUGGUGCUCUAUUUUGGGAGAAAGAGGAUCAUUCAGCUGUCUUCAUGGAAAUCUCCCUCUCAUUUCACUGCUCUGUGCUACUGAGUGAAAGAAGACAGUUACACAUAUUACAUAAUUAUGACCUAAAUAUGUGUUAUGUGUGUAUAUGCAGGGAUGAGCAGUAUUUAUGAUACAUGUAUUUAAAAAAUAA